CUCACUGUUAAACAAAUAUUCGUCGAGUCAACAUGAAAACUCUUCUCUACAGUUUCACGAUACUCGAGUACUUGGGCGGAUGGAAACCACUCGAGUGGAGCACAAGUAUAAAAGGAAAGUUAUAUGAUAUAUAUACACUUACAAUUACCUUAGCAAUAAGCACAUUUUGUAUGUCUUGUAUAAUAGAUUUAUUUUACACGGAAAAUUUCGAAGAUAUUGUUCAUAAUACGUCAAUGUCCUUUACAUUAAUAGUAGUCUGUUCGAAACUAGCUCUUCUUAAAGUAAAACGUAAUGAAAUAAUAAAUAUCAUUGCACUAUUGGACAUAAAUGUCUGCAGAGUAAGAUGCGCUAGAGAAGCUAACAUUAAAUUCACGUAUGAUCAAAAAGCGAAAAAUAUCAUCAACCAAUACGGAGGUAUGGUGUUUAUUGCAGUAUUUGUCAUAACUAGUGCUUCAAUAUUCAAUAAUAUUCCAACAAAAACGCUUCCGAUUAGUGGAUGGUUCCCUUAUCACCAUACCAACAGUACUGGAUUUUGGAUCGCAUAUUUUCAUCAAAUUAUUGCACAUUUUUUUACAGCAAUGAUUGGAUUUUCCUUUGACUCGGUUAUUUAUGGUACUAUGAUACAGAAUUGCUGUCAAUUAAAAAUUUUGAAAAAUCGUCUAGAGAACUUUGUUGAAAUGAUUGAAGAAGAAAAACUUAAUAAUAAAAUUAAUGGCUCGGUUUGCACAAGAAGAGAGUGCGAACAUAAACUUAUCAAACAAUGCGUUCAUCAUCACUGGAUAAUUUUACAGUUUUCACAACAGUCCAAUGAUUUAUUUGCGCCGAUAAUAUUCAUGCAAUACUCUUUUAGUUGUUUGGUACUUUGUCUGAGCGUUCAAUCAUCAACGAAGCUUGUUUUUAUGAGCCCGGAGUUCAUAUUUAUGAUUCUUUAUCUUGGAUGUAUGUUAUCGCAAAUAUAUUUAUUCUGUUGGUAUGGCAACGAAAUAAUAAUAGAGAGUUCAGGAAUACAUUUCGCAAUUUACAAUAUGGAUUGGCAAGUUCUAACAACUAGGAGUUAAAAAGAUUUGUUGAUAAUGAAAACCCGGGCUAGUUUACCAAUUAGAUUUACCAGCGGUCACUUAAUUGAACUUUCA